ACCUAUACCUUUACUUUGCAUAUGGCGCGCUUGAACGAGCCGCCUGUUGCGCCCGUCCCUUCAACGGACACCCUCGAUGCUGUCAAACGCCGAUAUCUGAGGCAAAACAGGGAGCUUGCGAAGACAAAUUCACAGCAGUCCAUGCGUAUCCGCACGCUUGAAAACGAUGCAUCCCGUCUUCUGGCCGAGAAUCUGUCUCUCCGAGAACAAGUCCUACAGCUCCAAAGCGCACUAGAGGCGCAAGCUUACCGUCCUUCGUUUGAGGUUAUUGAUUCAAUGAAGACACAACUCGAAGCAAAAUUGCAAGAACUCGGAGGCUUAGUCGCCGAGUUUGGCCAGUUAAAGAAGAAAGAUGACGGACUACCGCGAUGCAAGAGUCAGACCGCCGCUACAAGAAGAAGUCCGGACGAACGCCAAUGGAGGAGUGGUUUGGGAUUGCAAGAAGUGGAGAACGCAAUGUUGCCGACUAUCAACGAGGACAAGCACUAUCCAAGGCAAACAAUGAAUGCGGACGAGCUGAGGAAUAUACUAGACGCUCGCGACAGUCAAAGCCCGGACAUUGGGCCCCCGCCGAUUUCACGAUUUGACGAGCAAGAGCCGAUUGCGUUUGAUCCCAGUACAUCCCCAGAGGAACGGAAGCUUCAGUCUGUCGAGCCGCCGGAGCCUUCCCUGCCAAUCAAUCUUGAGACUAGGAGGAAAAGACGGGAAAGCGGUCCACGGCUGGAUAUCUCCCGAGCUUCAGUCCUCGAAUCCACCCACGACGGAACCGAGAAAACGAAUGCAACGGCGGUGCGCGUGGGCGCAAAACGCAAGUUCAGUGUCCAGGAGGAUGAAGAGAAGGCCAGGCCUCCGUCGGAGUCCUUCAGGUUUAGCCGCCGGAAUGCUUCAACGACAGAGGAAUCAAAGCCGAUCGAUAAUUUCAAGCCAUCAUCACCUGAAAGGCCCGCAUUGAGUAGUAAACCCGUCAAUACCGACCCGGUCCUCUCCCCUAAGAAGCAACGUUCCUCUGCUUCAGAGAAGUCAGAGAAGAAACCUUUUCCGAAGACCAGCCGAAAUCGCUUGACCAUCACUCGUGACAUGCAACCGGAAUUACCGCCUGUGGAAAUGCCUCCACCAAUUCCACUUGCUGAGGUCACACUUGAGGAGCUGCCACCCAAAACACCUGCGCUGGAACUUGUCUUCUCCCCUCCGACUACUGAGUCAUCAGCACCUCGGGCAGAAACUAAUGACACACCUCCACCAAGUGAUCUGAUCAAUGCGGCAGCAUUGAGUGGCAGACCUUCACGAAGGGCACGCCCACAAGUAAGCUAUAAGGAGCCUCCUUUGAACACGAAGAUGCGUCGUCCGGGGAAAGAGCUGGUUGAUGCAGUAAAUGUAGAUCAUGCUUCACGAACAAGCCUUGAUUCGCAAUCGCUCCCAGCGUCUGUGAGUAGGGUAUCGACAAGUCAGGAACACGAUGGGUCUGCGUGGAAACUCGUGGGCGGCCGUACGAGUGUAGGGCGGAUGGGUGAAGAGACAGGCGAGCCUGGGAGCCCGCUUCGACAGAAAUUGGACCGUAAAGAGAGCUACGAUGUGAAGACCGAGGAAUCAGAGAGCAGUCCACCCAUAACUGAGAAUGCGAUACCGGUAUUCACCGGCGAGAAUAACAAAAGAAAAACACUGGGUGCUCUACCUAGAGUAACUUCGAGAAUGGACUCCGAAUCGACUGCUGUCUCCUCCACUCGACCAAUCAAGAAGCCGGAUGACAUGGCCGUGUUCGAUUUCAACGAAUCAUCUCCUGCCACUGACGAGAAAUCUAUCGCCGAACCGAACCAUGCACGGUCACGGAUAGAACUUGCAAAAGCAGCACGAAGCGCGCGACGUCACUCCUCGGUUCCAGUUUCAGCAAUCAUUGAAGGAACCAGUGAGGAGAGGGCGGAGAACAAAGAUAGUGCGCCAGCGCAUAAGAGAAUAGGGAGCAGCACAGCACGAAGUUCCAGUGCUUCCAACCCUUCCAGGAGUACAGCGGCUGGACGAACAAUGCCAAAGGACAGAGAUAGGCGAAGCGCUGUUGCGAUCUCAAAUGCAACUGCAAGUGGGACUUCGAGGAGCGGAAACGAUAGUGCGGGGAACGUGAGGAGCGAACGAGCCGCCCAUCGAAGGAAGAGUAUGAUUGUAUGA